UUGACUAUAUUGUGGAGUAUGACUAUGAUGCUGUGCACGAUGAUGAAUUAACUAUUCGAGUUGGGGAAAUCAUCAGGAAUGUGAAAAAACUACAGGAAGAAGGAUGGCUAGAAGGAGAACUAAAUGGGAGAAGAGGAAUGUUCCCUGAUAAUUUCGUUAAGGAAAUUAAACGAGAGACGGACUCUAAGGAUGACAAUUUGCCUAUCAAACGAGAGAAGCAUGGAAAUGUAGCAAGUCUUGUACAGCGAAUAAGCACUUACGGCCUUCCAGCUGGAGGAAUUCAGCCGCAUCCACAAACCAAAAACAUUAAGAAGAGGGCCAAGAAACGUCAGUGUAAAGUUCUCUUUGAGUAUAUUCCACAGAACGAGGAUGAGCUGGAGCUGAAGGUGGGAGAUAUCAUUGAUGUUACUGAGGAGGUGGAAGAAGGCUGGUGGAGUGGAACUCUGAACAACAAGUCCGGAUUGUUUCCCUCGAACUUUGUGAAGGAGCUAGAGGGCACAGACGACGGUGAUGCCCUGGAAGCCCAGGACGAGCCAGACUCUGUUCUGACUUCACCUUUACCUUCUCCGGGGAACGGUGGUGAGACUGCACCAGGGACAGUCACUCAGCCAAAGAAAAUUCGAGGAAUUGGGUUUGGAGACAUUUUCAAAGAUGGCUCUUUGAAACUUAGGACGAGAACAUCCAGCAGUGAAGCAGAAGAGAAAAAAGCAGAAAAGUCUCUAGGACCCAAAACCCAGAAUGUGGAGAUAACAAAAACAGACACUGAAGGUAAAAUUAAAGCGAAGGACUAUUGUAGAACAUUAUUUGCCUAUGAAGGUUCUAACGAAGAUGAACUGACUUUUAAAGAAGGGGAGAUAAUUCGUUUGAUAAGUAAGGAGACUGGAGAAGCUGGCUGGUGGAAGGGUGAACUGAACGGGAAAGAAGGAGUAUUUCCGGACAACUUUGCCAUUCAGAUCAGUGACCUGGACAAGGACUUUCCUAAACCAAAGAAACCACCACCUCCUACCAAAGGCCCUGCUCCAAAGCCUGACCUGAUAGCUGCAGAGAAGAAGUUUUUUCCUAUAAAGCCUGAAGACAAAGAUGAAAAAUCACUGCUGGAGCAGAAACCUUCUAAACCAGCUGCCCCACAAGUCCCACCCAAGAAGCCUACUCCACCCACCAAAGCCAACAGCUUGUUGAGAUCUUCUGGAUCAGUUUUCCCAAAGCGACCUGAAAAACCAGUUCCUCCACCACCUCCUACAGCCAAGAUUAAUGGAGAAAUUUCUACCAUCUCAUCAAAGUUUGAAACUGAGCCAGUAUCAAAACCAAAGCUAGAUUCUGAACAGUUGCCACUGAGACCAAAAUCAGUAGACUUUGAUUCAUUUAUAGCAAGAAGCCCUAAAGAAACAGAUGUUGUGAAUUUUGAUGACAUAGCCUCCUCAGAGAACUUGCUACAUCUCACUGCAAACAGACCGAAGAUGCCUGGGCGAAGGCUGCCUGGCCGCUUCAAUGGUGGACAUUCUCCAACUCACAGCCCAGAAAAAACCUUGAAGUUACCAAAAGAAGAUGAUAGUGCCAAUCUAAAGCCAUCUGAAUUCAAAAAGGAUACGUGCUACUCUCCAAAGCCCUCUGUGCUCCUUUCUGCACCCCCAAGUGCUUCUCAAGCCAGUGCAGGUACUUUCCUCACUCCCUUAGAAAUCAAAGCUAAACUGGAAACAGAUGAUGGGAAGAAAAUUUCUGUGGAUGAACUUCGAGCUCAGAUCAUUGAGUUGGUGUGCAUUGUUGAAGCACUGAAGAAGGAUCAUGGGAAAGAACUGGAAAAACUGAGAAAAGAUUUGGAAGAAGAGAAGGCACUGAGAAGCAAUCUAGAGGCAGAAAUAGAGAAGCUAAAAAAAGCUGUCUUAUCUUCUUGAGGUGCCGUGGACCCAGUGCGUUAAUGUUCCCAAGGAUUCAGAAGCAACACUAUGAUCUCAACUGACUUGGACUUUAAUAUAUCAACUGCUGGUGUUGUGAUAAAGAAAUUUGAAUAUAUGAACUGUAAUAUCUAUUGAAAAGUUAGGGGGAGGGUAAAAUUUUUAUAUAUAUAUUUUGUUUUGCCAAUAUGAAAUGAAAAGAGGCCUUAUUUCGUACUGUGCUGGGAUUG